UUUUAUUAAUUAAUGAAUUUAUAUACAAGAUGAGCAAUAUGUAUAGUGACAGCAGUUCUGUUGGUGAUGUCAGCAAAGCCCUAUCUGCUUUGUGUAUUCACAGGAAAUUCCAUUCUUCAUACAACCAAUCUGACACAGACACUGCCGGUUCUGAUGGAUACUUUCGUCCAAACUCCCACAAAGUCCGCCAAAAACGCAAACAGAAUUGUGGAUAUCACAGUGACAACAGUACUGCCAAAAGUGCUCUGCUGCCACCAAUUGGAGUCUUUUGGGACAUUGAAAACUGCCAGGUGCCUCGUGGUAGGUCAGCAAUGUGCAUUGCCCAAAUGAUCCGUGAUAUGUACUUCGAAGGCUACCGAGAGGCUGAAUUUGUAGUAGUCUGUGAUGUUCGCAAAGAAACCAACCAAGUCAUCCAGGAACUAUGUGACGCCCAAGUCAACCUAAUCCAUGUUUCAUCCACAAGCAAAAAUGCAGCAGAUGAAAAAUUAAGACAAUGCAUGCGCAGGUUUGCUGACACUUAUGGCGCACCUUCUGCAAUUCUGCUGAUUUCUGGUGAUGUCAAUUUUGCUGCUGAUCUGAGUGAUCUGAGACACAGGAAGAAGAUUCAUGUGAUUUUGUUGCAUAAGCAGAAUGUUUCGAAGGCUCUCAUAUUGUGUGCGAGUGAACAUCAUUGUUUUACAGAGUUGACCAAUAGUAUUCCUGUUAGGGCAACUCCUAAUAAGAAUGGGGCAAGUCCAGCACCAUCUCCUGUAGAAUUGGCAAUAACAAAUCUUCCAAUAACCCAAGAUUCUAGUCGAGUAAAGAACCGUUUGAAGCAACUGUCUGAUAAUUGUGGAGGCCGAGUUACAAAAUUGGACGCCGAGAAUGGUGUUGCCGUUAUCAGAUUUCCUACAGAUGAUCAUGCAUUAAGGGCUCAGAAACGAAUGGAUGGUGAGGAUGUCUUCGGCCAUAAAAUAUUUACACAAACUUCACCCUGGCCCAUAGAAGACAGUAGUAACAGAACUGAUCAGAGAUUCCGUCCAGACAUUUUAGACACAGAUGAGGGCUACCAUACAACAGCAUCAAUGUCAAUGCGGUGUGGUCCUUUAUCACCAAUGCCUCCGAUGCCACAUUUGCUUUGGAAUAAAAAUAAUAGGUCUGAUACAAAACGAUCGGCGACCACAUCCAACACAGAAAGUUCACCACAAUAUCGACUGCAGGGAACAAAUUUCAGUGCUUCUUCUAGUUCACAAUUUAAUCAAAAUAGCAAUGUCGACAAGAAUGCACGAUCAAGGUCUACAAGUUUUAAUAAACACCCAGAAUGGUCUAAAAGCAGUUUUAAAGUAUCAUUAGAAGAUCAAGCCCCUGAUCACAAUGCCCCAAGAAGCGUACCUCGCAAAGCAAAACCUAAACCAAAUAAAAAUUUAAAUCAAGCUCGAGCUCGAAGCGCUUCACCAUGGCAAUCUAAUGUGCAAUCACAAUCGAGCAGCAAUAGUAGUGAUAUCGAGACUCAAGAUGUGGAGCCUCUCUUUUGCGCCAGACACUGUGCGACAGGCCCCCAUCAGCAAUGGGCACUCUACAACGCAGGCAACAUGCCUAAUAUCAGGAUAGGAUUGAAAAAACUAAACGAAAAUUUGUGUAAAUUAGUAGAGUCUCAUAAUGGUUCCGUACCAAUACUGAGUCUUGCGAUGUGUUACUCGAACGCCUUGGGAAGUCCCUUGAUCAUAGAUCAGGCAUCAGGAGUGCCGUUAGAACAUUUGAUGUUGUCUUGCCCUGGUGUAUCAGUCAAGAAGUUUGCAUCUGGUGUUAAACAUAUUGUGCAUUCCAAGAACGAUGUUCCUUAUGAAGAUUUUCGGGGAAUUACUUCUCCUGAUACAAUUCAGCAGCUGCAGCGCCUUUCUAAUGAUUUUGUGAUCCUGCUUCGGGGUUAUCCAAAGUCUUUGUUGCUGUUUGAUCAGUUUGCUCAGUCGUAUCAUAAUCGGUUUGGGAAAAUGUGCAAGGUUGCAGAUAGUAGGUGCAAAAAGCUCACAGACCUUUUUGAAGCCUUACCAUCAAUUAUUCAAGUCCUCGGUGAAGGCUCCAAUCGAACAGUCACCUUAACACACAAGGUGCAGAAAAGACUAUUUGCUUCUGACUUGUGCAGGAUUCUCAGGACUCAAGACGAUAUGAAGAUGCUGCUGUCUGAGUUUGGAUCGACUUUUAAAAAAAUUAUAGGUCGACCAUUCGAUAUAACAGACUAUGGUGUGUGUUUUGUAUCUGAUAUGCUGGAAGAAUUGAAUGAGACCGUUGUUGUUAAGAAGAAACUGCCCAAUGGUGAUGUUUUGUUAUCCAGGCCUAAAAAGGAACAGACUGAAAUCGAAGUUCAACGGAUGAAUGGAUUUAAAUUAGAAGUUAUACAACUCUUAACCAGGGAGCCAGAAAACACAAUGUUGCUGAACAAAUUUGCACCAGCUUUUCAUCAAUGUUUUGGAAGACAGUGCAAAUUAUCUGAUUAUGGAUUCGAUAAACUAAUCGAAUUAUUGGAAGCCAUUUCUGAUUUGGUUGAGAUCAUUGAAUGCAGUGCAGGUUGCAAUGAGCAAAGAAAAAUUCGUCUGAAAAUCAAUAAAGUACAUUCCAAUAUGUUUUUACCAGAUGAAGAUUUAUUUAGUGCCCCAGAAACUUUGUUGAUGUCACCUCCACCUUCUCAACUUCCAAAACCAUCCUUGGACUUGUUGGCUGCUCCGAGUUGUAAGGAUCAAGAUGAAGCACAUGCUGGACAAAUGUCUCAUCAACUAAAGCGAAGAAGCCGUUUAGCAGCUAUAUUUCCAUCGACUUCAUCUACUGAUGAUCUAUAAAUAAAUAUAUAAUACAGAAGCAAUUAUGUAUAUUUUAAAUUGGACCAAUAACUUUGACGAA